CUGAAAGUGGACCAGAUAAUGAGCCCAAUGAAGAUGAGCCUGGUGGACAUCGGUAAGAUCUUCUCGAUGCUUCAGCCCAGAAAUCAAGAUGAAAACGCCGAGGUUAAUCAGAUCAACCAAGCCGUCUCCAGAAAUGACGCUGAACUUUUGGCUGAGCUCUUGUCCCAGGAGAGGUACUCUCAGUUUAUCAAUAACCGGAGUGGCUGGGGGGUCCCGGGUACUCCCCUGCGUUUGGCAGCCUCCAAGGGCCAUCUGAGCUGCCUGGAGGUUCUCUUGAGGCAUGGCGCCGAGGUAGAUAGUUUGGACGUGAAAGCCCAGACCCCUUUGUUCACAGCUGUGAGUGGCAGGCACUUGCACUGCACCCGGGCUCUCCUCAGGGCAGGGGCGAACCCAAAUGGAAGCAUCUACAACAACUGCUCGCCUGUCCUAACCGCUGCCAGAGAAGGGGAUGUGGACAUUUUGCAAGCGCUGCUGGAGUAUGGGGCUGAAGUCAACGUGCGAUCCAAGGUGCCAGAAUGGGCCUCUAAUGCCUGUGCUUGUAGCGGCCCACUCUAUCUUGCUUCAGUGUACAGGCACUAUGACUGCUUUCGGCUGCUCCUCCUGUACGGGGCGGACCCCGACUUCAACUGUACAGAGCAGAGACUCUUAGCAAGGAUCAAACAACCAAAAACAGUCCUGGAGAUGUGCCUCAGGUAUGGUUGUGGGCCUCAAUACAUCCAGCUACUCAUAGACUUCGGAGCAAACCUUCACCUGCCAGGCCACACACCUGUAAAAAAUACACAGCAGAACAAAGCAGCAGAACUUCUAGCCCGAGCCACAGCUCAGCCGAGAUCUUUGAUGUCACUCACCAGAAUGGCCAUCCGCAAGUCCCUCAAGCUAUUAAGCGGCCUGCAUUCCAUUGACCAACUGGACAUUCCGCUAAUCCUGAGGAAGUACUUGAAGCACCAGACUUGA